UUCCCAGAAUUGACAAUGCGGCACUCAGUGCGCAUGCGUCAAUUUCCAGGAAGCGUUAACAUUUUUUUCUUCCACCAGCUGAUAGCCAAAUUGUCAACAGUUAAGUCAGCGCUACCCGCACGGCUGAAACGACACUAUACACGACAGAACACGACUAGAACAGAGGUCAAGACGUCGUCAGUGACACGGGUCUGUUUGGGAAGCAGCACAAGUGACCAAAAACACCUGUCUCCACUUCAGGGAGGAGGCCCAGCCCCCCUGCUGUCUCUGGUCAGUAUGAGCUCCAGAGGGAGCGGAGGCCGCUCCAACGGCACACUAACGCAGACCAAGAUUUGCCAGUUCAAGUUGGUGCUGCUGGGGGACAUGGCUGUGGGCAAGUCCAGCCUGGUGCUGCGUUUCGUCAAAGGGCAGUUUGAUGAGUUCCAAGAGACCACCAUAGGAGCUGCAUUCCUGGCACAGUCGGUGUGUCUUGAUGAUACCACAGUGAAGUUUGAGAUCUGGGACACUGCAGGACAGGAGCGAUACCACAGCCUGGCUCCCAUGUACUAUCGUGGCGCUCAGGCUGCUAUUGUUGUCUUUGACAUCACCAAGCCGGAAACGUUUGAGAGAGCUAAGGCCUGGGUGAAGGAGCUGCAGAGGCAGGCCAGUCCUAACAUUGUAAUUGCCCUGGCUGGAAACAAGGCUGACCUGGCCGAGAAGAGACUGGUGGAGUAUGAGGAAGCCCAGACAUAUGCCGAAGACACUGGUUUGCUUUUUAUGGAAACCUCUGCAAAGACAGCCAUGAACGUCAAUGAGCUGUUCCUGGCCAUUGCAAAAAAGAUGCCAAAAACAGACACCCAAAACCCAACGCAUGCAGCCCGACAUCGGGGAGUCAACCUCCAGGACCCAGAUGCUCAUUCCACCCGAGCCUGCUGUGGAGGGAACUAGACUUCCACAACCUCUUACCACCUGUAUUCUACCAUCCACACCACCACAGCCCUACAAUCAUCUCGUCUCUUUCAAUCAACUUACAGGGGGUGAGCCUUUACUCUGCAUUCAUCUUCCUGUUCAAGCAGAGAGAAUAAGAGGACAGGAAGAACACAAAAAGCAAGCAGAGAUGGAGGACAGAGACAGCGUUUCACACGUGUCUGUUGACCAACAACUCUGAUUCCACAUUUGGAAAGACACGGUAUAGAGAAGACUGAGAUUAAGAGGAAUGUGGAAGAUGGUGGCAAGCCUGCUGUAGUAUUUAGCACUAAUUGUGAAAUUUCUUUCGUGUUCACUCUGCCUUGCAUCAUUUUCAGUCACAGCUCCGAUUGGCACAAACUGAGCAGCACAUGUUGCCGAGUGUCCCGAAAGGAGAAAAAAGGGCCGAGGCAUUAAAAGAGACUGCAGUCACCCCCCCAGAGUUUGCAGCUGCUUUGAAUAAAUACCAAAUUGAACCCCGGGAAUGAUUUUGAACCCCUCUGUCCUACCCGACCCUCCUGUGGCUCAGUUUGUAUGACACAAGUCAAUUCAUACCUAUUUAAUGUUCCAUGCUCCUACUUCUCUUGGCUGCAGACUGAUAAGCUCCAGCAUCUCUGAUUCCUCCCUUAUUUAGUCUAAAUGGUAACCCAAAAAGUUAAGAUGUGAAGUAAACAUUUCAACUUCUGACACGUUCUGAAUUAGU